UUUCUCUGUUUCAGAAGGCAGAAAUACAUUUAAAAUGUCUUUAAUUAGCAUUCAGUCGUGUUCGGACUCCACUUCUCUCCAGCAAGGGGCGGAAAUGCACACAGCUGCUUAAAGUGAAUUGUGUCGUAACUUCCGGUGUAGCGGUUAGCUGAGUUAGCUUCUGGUGUGUGUUCCAGAGCUUGUCCAGGUGUUUUCUGGUUCUAUUCAGCAACAAUGUGUUCCGUUGAGCCUCUGAGAGAGUUUAUCAGAGAGAGACUAACUGCUGCUGCUGAAGAAAUCUUCACCCAGCUGGAAAAAACCAUCGUCCAGUACGAGGAGGAGAUCGACCGGCAGCGGAGACUGCUGGACCUCACCUGGAGACCCCGAACCGAGCAGAACCCCGCAGAACUCCAGCAUCAUUUCUCCAGCGAGGCGCUUCCCACCGAUCGGGACAGCAGUUCCAGUCCGGACCGGAACGCACCAGAACUGGCGCCUGACGACAUCUGCUCCAGGCAGGACGGAGCGCUGGUGCUGAAGCAGGAGGCUGAGGCCAUCAUGGUGACUGUGGACUACGAUGACGAACCUGAACCAAGCAGCUACCAGCUUCUCUAUCAGAACCGCCCAGAGACCCAGAACCGGAACCAGGAGGCGCUGAAGCCAAAGAAAAGACUGGACCUUCUGCCACAGAACGCAGAUGGGAAUCUGUAUCCCUGUCCCAUUUGUGGGAAAUGUUUUGCCAAGAACAGCUACUUGACCAAACACAAGAGGAUCCACACCAGUGAGAAACCGUUCGUCUGCGAUCAGUGUGGGAAAGCCUUCAGCAACACCAGCUACCUGGCCAAUCACAAGAAGACUCACAGUGGCAUGAAACCGUUUGCCUGUCUCAUCUGUGGGAAAGUUUUCACCCAGCAGAUCCAUGUCACCGACCACAUGAGGAUUCACACUGGAGAGAAGCCCUUCCCCUGUGCCACCUGCGGGAAACACUUCAGGCAGAAGAGCAGCUUGAACAAACACCUGAGAACUCAGCACCAGAAGCUGGAGGCAUGAUCGGGUUCUGAGCUGGAUCUGAAGUACUGGCUGGUUCUGAGCUGCUGGUUGGUUCUGCCCCCUAAAGGCCUGGAGGCAUCAGACUGCAACUUUCCUGCUUUUAAACUCUACUUCCUGUUCUUCAGCGUCUCUGAGGAAGACUGUAUGUUCCUCCACCCUCCCAGCUGAACGGAAGACCAUUAGAACCACUAAAAAAACUACACAUGUUAACCUCUGUGUAAAGUUGGAGAUUCUAACAUUUACUAAAAAGACUGAGUUUUGAAAAUAAUAGUGGGAACUGUGAGGAAAAAGUCUGAAGUUUGAGAAAGUUGGAAUUCUCAGAAAAAAAAUAUGGGUGUUCAGGAAAAAUGUUGGAUUCUGACUUUUUGGAAAGAAGGAUGAAUUCU